UCAACAAGCUGCCUCUCCUAAUACGACAUAUACUCAUCUUACCGCUACUACUUGCCACCUUGAUAUUCUCAUCUCGAGCCACGGCCUUCUUUGCGAAGAAGGAUGUGUGACUGGAUCCAGAGGGAAUUUCAUUGCGGCCACUUCCGCUGGAUUGUAUCUCGAUGGUGUCCAGACUAUCUCAGGACACAGCUUCGUUGUCCAUUAAGCGUUACACAUUACGAGUUCAGAGGUGAUGAACAGUGCAGCCACUGCAAGCCUAGACAAACCCAGCCUUGGGAAAAGUUCAUUCGGCAACACACAAACCUGAACCAAACCGUCGGCCCGUGAAACAAACGUUGCUGCUCCAGCCGACCCAAUCUCCUG